UUGGCCCACUUUGAAGUUUGCAAUGGGGACACCAGAGAUAUUUCUUUGCCUUUUACUUGGGCAUUUAAUUUCUGCUCAAUCAGUGAUAAGAAAGCAAGCUCCACCAUUUUUUGAGGAUGUUCCGGGAUAUUUUGGCAACUUCAGGCCUUUUCCCAAAAUGAGGCCUUUUCACCACAUCAUGCCUUUUGACAACAUGAGGCCUCCUCCAUUUGAGAGAAAUUUUGACUUCACUCCUUACGACACCAUCUUCAGCUCCUGGCGAACCCCAAGCCCUGACUUUCACAUGCUCGCUGAGUUACCUCCCAUCAUGAUCGUUCCCAGAAUAGAGGUGUUUUGCGAUGAAUCUAAGCUAACUGUGUUGGUCGAUAAGAGAUCCAACGGUGACACACUGACUGGAGAGGAGCUACAGUUGGGUGAUGGCUGUUACAGUAACAGAGAGCUACCAAACCAAUUUGUCUUCACUUACAGUGUGGAUGAGUGUGGAACUACUGCAGAUGUGAUGCAGAACGGCUUGGUGAGGUAUACCAACUCUCUGCACUUGGAUCUCAAAAAACUUCCCUCCACCUGGUGGCAAACUCCAUCCAGCGUGCACAUCUCCUGCAUUCCAAAGAGGUCAUAUGACAACUUAUUUGACUCGAUGACAUUUCCUGAGAAUGGCAAGACCUUUAGCAUCAAAGCCAUGAAUCCAUCCUGGACCAGCACUGCAGACUCAAAUGUCUAUAAAAGAGGCCAGGUUGUCAACUUCCAGGUUUCUGCCAAAACCAGGCCAGAGCAGCAGCUUUUCAUCCAGUCCUGUUUUGUCUCUGCAUCUCCUGAGCCUCAGACUAGACGCAAACAUGCAGUCAUAAUGAAUAAAGGGUGCACGGCUCCGUUGGGUUCUCCACAUGCUGUCGCACAGUUUGUGGCCUCCGACAGAGCGGAUGUGAUUAAUUUUGUCCUGAACACAUCUUAUCUCAUUUCUGAGCUGUUCAUCCACUGUACCGUCCUCGUCUCAGACCAGGGUGUCACCUCUGGUUCUAAAUCCUGCAACUAUAACAUGAUCCAGUCAAGAUGGGAGGACAUAAGUGGAAAUGUGGAUGUGUGUGAGUGCUGUAGUUCAAAGUGUAGAGGCCUGUCCGUCAGGCAUCUUCCUGAAGACGCCAAAGCUACCGUCAGCACUGGCCCCUUUGUCAUUGUGGACAAUCAUGUGGUGCCCUCUGUCUCUGAACCACAGGAAACCUUCACCACCCCUAUAACCGACGCCACACAGUCUGACGGUGCAGCCACUGAGGAUGCAAUUGUUUCUGGUACCUCUGUGUCAAGACCCCCUCAGGGAGUUGUGGUUUUGAGUCAGGACCCUGUUGCCAGACUGACCCUCUGGCUACCUGGACAGGUGCAAGAUGAACACAGCAAGAAUAUUGGUCCUGAGUCUGAAGACAAUUCAAAAGUUCAGUUACAGGAAAGUGACGCCGUAUCAAAUGACAUUCCUGAGCCACAACCGUCAACUACAGACCAGGAGCCUCUCACAAAUGAGAUUGGAGAUCAAAGUGUAAAUGUAGGUAAUAUGUUGGACCUGAAUCUUCUUACAUAUGUUGUUGGAUGGGUAAUUCCCCCACAAAUGGAAAAAACAACUUUUGGAGAGGAAUCCCAAAGAAAACAGCGUUUUGAAAGAUCUGAAAUGUCUGAGGCUCCACAAGAAGCUGACAUCCCUCUGGUGGCCGAGAUGAAUAUCCAUGUCUUAAACCUGAAUGAUUUAAACCAAAUGACAGACGAGCUGACAGAUGCGGAUCUGGUGCCCCAAGAAGAAACAAAUGAUGCCCCAACGAUUCGCUCAAAAAUUCAGUUAACCAAAGCCGGGGAUGGGUCGCAGACACUGAGUUAUGAGGAAGAAGUGAUGAGAAAACAAGACGGGAAAGGUGUGAUUAAAAGAAAGCAGGAGCCCAGACAAAGAGGGCUGCGCUCAGCUUUCCUGGAUUUGCUGAGGAGGAUGGACAAAGCAGAAUAAAUGCAUCUUAUAAUAAUUUUCUAUAAUUGUACUUUUAACAAUAAAUGACGAGC